AUGUCUUCCCUUCCGAAUCAAGAAUACACAAUCGGAUGGAUCUGUGCCCUUCAUAUAGAGAUGACUGCGGCUCGUCUCAUGCUAGACAGUGAACACGGGGCACCGCAGGAACAACACCACUCAGAUCAUAACGUAUAUCAACUGGGUAGCAUUGGAGAACAUAACAUUGUCAUUGCUUGCCUCCCCGACGGCGUAUACGGUGUGACAUCUGCAGUCGCCGUCGCCGUUCAAAUGCUCGCUACUUUUGAAUCUAUAAGGUUCGGGCUGAUGGUCGGGAUAGGUGGGGGGAUUCCCAGUAGAAAAAAUGAUAUCAGGUUGGGUGACAUCGUAGUUAGUCGGCCCGAGGGUACUUCAGGAGGAGUUAUACAGUAUGAUUUGGGAAAAGCUAUAGGACAAAAUGAACUCCAACGCCUCGGCUCACUAAAUAAGCCGCCGCAAGUCCUAUUAAACGCCAUGGCGAAGCUUCGAUCGAAUCACGAUCUAGAAGACAGCAAAGUUCCCAAUAUAUUAUCAUCAAGGUUAGCGGCAAGACCCAAGAAAACCCAAGCCCUAUUCUCACACCAAGGGGCUUCAAAUGACAAUUUAUAUCUGGCGGAUUACGAGCACUCCAACGAGGAAGAAAACGGUUCCUGUGAAUCUUGCAACGUCUCGGGUCAAAGGGUCAGUCGUCCUGAUCGUGAUACGACCGAUCCAGUCAUUCACUACGGUGUUAUCGCGUCUGGGAAUCAAGUGAUCAAACAUGCUAUUACCAGAGACCGGAUUGGAGGAGAACUUGGCGCAGUUUGUUUCGAGAUGGAAGCAGCUGGGCUUAUGGAUAAUUUCCCGUGUCUUGUCAUCAGGGGAAUCUGCGACUAUUCCGAUUCUCAUAAGAAUGAUCGCUGGCAGAGAUAUGCGGCCGCAGUUGCGGCUGCGUAUGCAAAGGAGCUCCUCGACGUCAUCCCACCCAGAGAUGUUACUCCGACACCCAACGGAUAUCUUAAUACGAUUCGGCAAACUGAAUACAAUAGACUCUUGGGUAAAUUGCCUUGUGCUCAAGGGGCUGCCUUUAAGUCUAAUGAUCCAAGCUCUAGCUCGAGAUGCCUCGCAGGCACAAGGGUUGAAUUACUUGAGCAAAUCAAUGAAUGGUUCCGGGAUGCGAAUGGGAAGCCUAUUUUCUGGUUAAAUGGCAUGGCAGGCACAGGAAAAUCCACGUUGGCUCGAACCAUCGCGGAGACCUUCGCGAAAGACCGCCAACUCGCAGCUAGCUUUUUUUUCAAGAGAGGCGAAAGCGAGCGGUCCCAUGCUCGAAAGUUUUACACGACUCUUGCUUUCCAGUUGGCCAAGAAUAUCCCUGAAUUAGCAUAUCACAUCAUUAAAUUCAUGGACUCUGAGCCGAGAAUAUUCGAAGAACCCUCGAACGAACAGUUUGACCGCCUUAUAUUCCAGCCUUUAUCCGAACUCAAGAAAACCUCAACUACGGUAUUGAAAUACAUAAUAGUCAUCGACGCUUUAGACGAGUGUGGUGAUGAAGGGGAUACCAGAACAAUUAUCCACUUACUCUCUCAAAUCGGUAAUCCGGAAUUUAUAAGGGUUAUUCUAACCAGUAGGCCCGAGCUUCGGAUUCAGUUCGGGUUUAAGGAUAUAGGAGAGGGAAGAUUUAUAAAUUUUGUCCUUACCGGAAUAGAAGAGCAUAUUAUCGAACGGGACAUAGAGAUAUUCUUUCGCCAUGAAUUGGCGGCUAUAAAAAGGAGAUUUGAACAGUAUUUUCAUCCAGACCGACAUUUAACGAUCGACUGGCCUGGUGAAAAGUCGACCCAGGAAUUAGUUAAAAUGGCAACUCCUCUAUUCAUUAUCGCGGCGACGAUUUGUCGCAUGCUUCGCAAUACCGGAUGUGACCCUAAAGAAAAGUUAAUACGAAUUCUCGAAUCUCAUACUAGGAUAAGCGGUGCGUCGGAAAUUGAGAGGACUUAUAUCACAGUACUGGAUCAGUUGCUGGUGGAUCUUUCCGACUGGGAACAAAAGGACAUGAUCGAUGAGUUCCAGAAGAUCAUUGGCACAAUUAUCAAUCUCGCUACCCCGCUCUCUACAGCUUCUCUGGCAAAUCUCCUCGGUAUCCCUAAAAAGAAAGUGGACUCCCGAUUGGACUUUUUCCAUUCUGUUCUCAGCGUUCCGGAAGACCCAAAGGAGCCUGUCCGGCUACUACAUCUUUCCUUUCGUGAUUUUCUCGUCGGAUCUCAUUUUAAACAACAUGGUGAUGGGAGUCUGUUCUGGGUCGACGAAAUAGAGUGUCACAAGACCAUAGCCACCGCAUGCCUAAAACGGCUUUUUGAUACACUUCGCAAAGAUAUCUGCGGGUUAGAAGACUUUGGGGGCUACGAGCUACAAUUAUUCAAGAAGAUAUCGAUAAUAACCUACAACCCGAUGUCCAGUACGCCUGUUGUUAUUGGGUACACCACAUGA